AUGGGAGCCUCCAGCGCGCUGAGCGCGGCCAAUGGAAACAGCGGGGUGGGGCCGGUUUCCAUGGCGGCGACGGCGGCGAGGCCUUGCUCCGGGCUUGGCCGGGAGGCCUCCAUGGCUGGCGGCGGGAGCUGCUUGGACCUCUGGCGGGGCGAGAACGACGGGCUGGCGCGGCGCUGGCGGACGGUACCUCUUCCCGGCGGCCUCCCUUGAGCGACGCCCGACCGAGGAAAAGCGGCUGCUCAGCUACGGCAGGCGGGGGCCUGUCAGGGCCUGGGACUACAAUUCCCAUCAGGCCCCGCGAGCGCAGCCUCAGCCCCGCACCCUAGACCUCCUAGCCGGGGCUGAUGGGAGUUGUAGUCCAAGAACACCUGGAUUUCCCCCAGGGCGCUUCAAUCCCUUCUCCGUGUUUUGAUCAUAAUAUUGGCUGUUACUGAAACACCACAGUUGAUUGUUGUUAUUACUGAAAUCCUUUUUUUAAAAGAAAUGUUUACAUUUAAUUUAUUGUAUUAUUAUUUUCAUUUUUAAUACUCUUAUUAAAUUCCUGCAUUGCAGGGGGUUGGACUAGAUGACCCUCGGGCCCCUCCCAACUCUACGAUUCUAUUAAUUUUGCAUAUGGUUUAGGAAACAGUGAAACAAACACCAUGGAAGAGAAAUUGAGAAAUAUAGCAUUAGCUGAUAAAAUUGAAUAUUUUAUCUGUAAGGUGCUUCGAGUCCCCGUCAGGAAAAAGGGUGGUGUAUAUAUAACUAAAUGAGAAUGAGAAUAAGCCUCAAAGUGGUUUGUAAUCAUACAGUUAAAAUGUAUGAGGAGCAGCCCAAUGGCCAUUUUUGUAGAUUGAUGCCAACCUGCAUGCAAAGUCCACCCUAUUACUCCCACCCCCAUUUUAAACUACAUUAUUUUAUGUUACCCAGUUGCAGCAUUCCAUUAGCAAUGACAUUCCUAUGGAAGUCUGUCGCAGGCGUGAGAACAUACGGUGGAUAAUGAGGUUUGUGGCGGUGAUGUUAGGCUUCCCUGCCUGCAAAUUAGGCCCUCGGAUACAAGCUCUGGCUUUAACCUGAUGGAGAUACACUUAUUAAUUAAAGCAUUUUUACCCCACGGUUGUGCCAAAAAGACUCUCAGGGUGGAGUAGUAUCGGUAAUAAUAGUAAGACAGCCCUUGGGCUUACAGAAGGAAAGGUGCCUGUCACAGUGUCUCUCUAGUGGUCCAGCUAGUUCUGUGUGAGAUCUUACGUCCUACCUCGGCUCUCGAACGCCUUGGGAGUCAAAUGUUCUGGCUCCCAAACAAUCGAAAACCUAAGUGAGUGUUCCGGUUUUUGAACGUUUUUUUGGAAGCCGAAUGUCCGGCGUGGCUACUGCUAUUGAUUAUGGCGUGCCUGCGCAAUCGGAAACCAAUCAGAAGCCGUGCCUUGCUUUCCAAAAGUUUCGGAAGUCGAAUGGACUUCCGGAACGGAUUCUGUUAGACUUCCGAGGUACGACUGUACUACCGUACUUUUGAUUGUUGUGAGAGCCCCAUCUUCUUGUAAAGUGUCUUUGCUCCUGUCCUAGAAUCUGUUCAUGGCCGUUAUUUCUGACCUCCUCUGGACCUUCAAGCUCCCUCCUCCUCUUUUCUCGGCAGGUGACAAGUUCUCCAGGUCCUGACAGUUCAGUGACGCAAACGGCUCACGAGUGCCAGCUCGCCUUCACUAAGCUGCUGCAGAAGAUCCAAGGUAGCAGUUCAGGGGAAAAAAACCUUUAUUGGUAGGCUGGAAAUUGGGCAGUAGCCAGGCCCUUUCUGUGGCACAAGUGUGGGGCAGCUCAUGGUGAAGUUCUGGGCUGACAUCUCCCUGAUGAAACUGAAGCCAGCAGGGCUUUGGGGCCAUAUGGGGUUAAGCCUGGUUUCCUUCUGCAUGUUUUAUUUAAUAAUAAUAAUAAUAAUAAUAAUAAUAAAUUAUUUUAUACCCCGCCCUUCCCGGUUUAGGAAACCAGGCUCAGGGCGGCUAACAACAAAUUUAAAACACUUAAUUGAUGAUACAAAAAAAAAAGAAGAAGCAUAAAAUACGGUAUAAAACGUAAAUAAAAUAAAAAAUCAAGAUCCCACUUGGGCCAGCGAGGAGACCAGGGGAGAACCAGCUCUGGGAUCCCAGAGCGUGCAAUCUUCACAAAAAGGGGAGUGGGAGGGAAGGAAGGGGAACAAAAGAUCAGGCCAGGUUCAAAUUGAAAGCCAGGCGGAAUAGUUGUGUCUUACAGGCCCUGCGGAAGGAAGUUAAAUCCUGCAGGGCCCUGGUCUCAUGGGACAGAGCAUUCCACCAGGUCAGAGCCAUCACUGAGAAGGCCCUGGCCCUGGUGGAGGAUAGUCUGACUUCCUUAGGGCCCGGGACCUCUAAACUAGGAUUAUUCAUGGACCUUAAGGUCCUCUGCGGGGCAGACCAGGAGAGGCGGUCCUGUAGAUACGAGGGUCCUAAGCCACAAAGGGCUUUAAAGGUCAAAACCAGCACCUUAAACCUGACCCGAUACUCCACCAGGAGCCAGUGCAGCUGGUAAAGCACUGGGUGAAUAUUCAAUUUAUAUCCUGCACCUUCCUCUAAAGGACCCCCAGGCAAUUCUAAAACAAUACAAUUAAAACUUCUAAAAAAUACAACCCGAUGAAAAGCAGUGUUCUAUAAAACCAUUUAAAAAGCAACCACCUACUCCCAAACCAAUGAUUUCAGAGUAGCCAGGCAUAGAACUUUAAGCCAUCAAAUGCCAGGGUAAACAGUGAUUUUUUUUUUUUUAGAAAUUCUCCCUUUCUCCUAGAAGUUAAUUGUGAAGGAGUCUGAUGACCCUCAUGAGUGAGGGCAUCCCAUAAAUAGAGGACCACCACCCAGAAGGCCCUGUCUCAGGAAACCCCAGUGGCAGCACCACCAACAGGGCCACCCCAGCUGAUUGUAAGGAAUCUGGAUUUCCUUGCUGCUUUGCUCUCUUCACACGUUUCUGGCUGGUUUUUUUGCCUUGGAGAGGGUGGUGAACAAUCUACCCCUCCACAAGUUAAGCUGAAAAAUGGCUAGGAUAGCUUUUGUUUCAGUCCGGCUGGAUUGGUUCCCCACAGUCUCAGUUUUCAAGAGAGGACCGUCCAGGUGACGGCAACAGGAAAAGUACAAUUUGCUUAUUUAGUCCUUUAUCUCUUGCUUUUCUUCCACCUUGAGAAUCAAGGCAGUUCCCAGGUGGUCUCCCGUCCAGACACUGGCCAGGCCCAGGCCUGCUUAGCUUCAGCAAAAAGAGCUGCAUCAUUUGCUCCAGAGUGGAAUGGGCUUCUUGUCUUGUGUGAACAGCUAGACUCUCACUCCCGAACUCUGGCUGGCCAUCCUUCCUUAACCUCACUGUUGCCAAGUCUGGAACCUGAAAGCGCCUGCCUGCCCUUCCUGACUUUGGGUGCUCAGAUCCUGCAAACCCCUUGGGUGCUGACCCCCAAUGACCGUUGACAUGGCGCCACCUGGUGAGUUCUUCAGGUGGAUGGAAGGGUUCACCUUUGAAUUCUCUCUCCCUCUUGUUUUGCAGGGCUUCCAGCUGCACUCCCAGCUCUGCCACUGGAGCUGGCUAUCCUCUACAAUUCCCUGGUGUUUGAUAUCUGCCUCUCCAGCAACUCUGGCGAGAAACUAUUGGGAGCGAUAGAUCAUGGGCUGAGCAGGGGUAAGAGAAAUGUCUCCACGUGCUCUCCAAAUGAUGGGUGGUAGAAUCAAAGUCAUGAAUAAAUACAUACCUGGGUGUUUUUGCUGCUGGCGCUGUUUUUUUGAGGCAGUGGGAUGCCGGAGUUGGAGGGGAUUCUUCCUCUCCCCCCAGGUUCCAAAUCCCCCUGUAACUCUAGAGGGAGCCUGGUCUUUCUCUAUGUGCAAAGACUCCUGCGAUGCAGCACUUCUCUCCCCAACCCCACCUUUGACUGAAAGUUAUAUCCACGCAGGUUUUCCUCUGUCUGUCUCUGCUAGUUCUAGAGGUGUGUGCAGUGUCUGGCCGAGGACUUGGCUCAGAGGGCCGCUGGCAGAGGGUGCUCCAGGAGGAUACCCUUCAAGAACUGCAGGCCCCUCUGCAUCGACUGGCUGCCCUGCAGGGGGUGCUGUGGCUUGCAGCAAAUCGCCUCACAACCGUGGAAGGCCUCUUUCAGCUUCUGAAGGGCGCCAAGGUAAGCUAAUAGCAGCCUGGAGCUGCAUAGCAUCUGUAUUGAGGCAUUGCUUGCCCUUCCCUCCUAAGUGAACGCUUUCCCCACCCUUUGCAAAUGGGAUGGCAGCUUGCGGUGCUGCCUCUACAUGACCAUUCAGCUUAAAUUGUGGGACUGCAAUUUCUGCAAGGAGCUCUGAUAAAAGACCUGGCAUGCUCUGACUGUUCAUUGGCCCUGGUUGAAUCACACACCAGUAACCAGCCUGAGGGGCCAUGGGCUAGGAAAAGGAACAGCAAAAGAACAUGUGGGCUUCUGCAGUUCUGCCUGGUAAGCCCAGUUUCCUGGUAAGCCCAGUUGAAGCAGGCAUUCCCCUCUGCCUCCAGCCUCUCCUCUGACUCUCCCUGCUGCCAGCCUGGCUGGCAUGUAGAGAAUGGCACCACGUCCAGUCCUGGAGGCAGGAUGCCUCUGCGGACCAGUUAGAGGGGAGCACAGAUGGGGAGAGUCCUGCUUUUGGGCUUUCCAGAAGAGUCAUCCGGUUGGCCAUGGCAGUCACAGGAUGCUGGACCAUGUGUGCCCCCUUUGGGUCUGAUCCAGCAGACUUGCUCUUCCGUUCUUCCAAGAAAUUCGCAUGUGUUUGAAGUGCUGCAGGACUCUUGACCGUGAACCGUUAUUCCUUUUUCAGAGCCUGAGGCCUUCUCCUUGCCAUGGCCAUCAGAACAAGUUCCUUUCCCUGCUCCAGAUGUGGCAGCCACCUGACAUGGCAGAGUCUGACCCCCUCCUUGUGCAGAGUGUCCAAGAGUUGAAAGGCAUCCUGUGGACUUCGGCUGCCUUUCUGCAAGGUGGCGCUGUGAUUUCCCACUCUCCGCAUGCCUGCUGCUUCUGUACACCUCCCUUUUGACCCGCACCUUGGCAGCUACCGUUGUUUCUGCCAGGAAGCCACUUGCUAGGGAGGCAAAAUCAGUCCAUCUGCAGGGUACUUAAGUCAGGGAUUGAGUGUGCCAAGGCAGAUUAAAUGCUUUCCUCUGAGAAAGAGGAGGAGGAGCAAGAGGAUGUGGUUUUGGGUUAUAACAAAGCUAUAGCACUCCCAGUUGCUCUUCUGGCUCGGAAGUUCGAUAGACUUGUUUUAAUUGCUUUCCACUCUGUCUCAGGAGCAAAGUCUGGAUAAUAGAAUUGUAUAAUGGGGGGUGGGUCUUUUAGGCAGUCUAGAUCAACCCCUUUCUCAGAGGGGGGAAACCAGAGAUCUAGAGCACCCCUCCCCACCAACAGAUGGCUUUUCAGCCUCCUGUGAGGGAGAGCCCAGCACCCUCCAAGAUAAUUGAUUCUGUUGUUUAAAUGUUCUUCCUGUUGAGCUUCUGCUAAUGUUCAGUAACUGUAAUAGCAACUUUAAGUCAUAUUUUUGAAAACCCUUCAGCACAAAAUACUUCUCUGUGUAACCCUAGUUAUCACAUACAAGUCCAAACAAAAGAUGGGGGACCACGCUCUGUUCUGCUUUGGUCAUGCAGCUCCUGGAGUUCUGUGUCAAAUUCUACUCAGUAGGUGGGAACAGGUUUUCCUCUCUGUUCCAGGAGUUCAGGAACUGGAAGCCGGUGAUCUCCCUGCCGCUGUUGCCCUUCUCCAAACAGCUGCUACGGGACUCUGUUCUAGGCGACGCCUUGCCCAGAUCUUCACCUUAAUGGGAUGCUGCAACAUGAAAAUGGUAUGGGUGCAUCGAGGGGGGAGAGGGUAACAGGGUGGCAGGGUGGCACAGCUUGGGAAAGUGUUGCUAUUAGGGCAAAACUGUGUCAAUAUGCCCCUGAAGUGUGGGGCCUCCAGCGGUUCUGAGAGCUGCAGCAGAAAGUGCCAUGUUGGUCUAAGUUCUCUUUCCCCCUUGCCAGGGGCUGCUCUGCCUUGCCACUCCCCUAUUGGGACUUCUUUUAAGUACUGCUAAUGUCAGAGAGCCAGGAAUUUGGCUUAUUAAGCAGGAAAGGCCUAAAAUUAUGCAUUUAUUACAUGCAUUUGUCACUAACUACAAAAACAUCUCAGAGCAACUCAUAGUGAUAAAAAGCAUACAUGGUAGAACAUUUAAAAUUCUUCACAUUAAAAAUAAUAAUUAAAAAUUCUAAACUAAAGGGCAAUACUUCAAAAGAACCAGGUGGGUAGAAUUUAUCAUACUGCAGUAUUCUAAGAUAAUACAUAUGCAUUGCAAAUGUCUUCUUGCCAAGCAGUAACAAUGUUAAAAUAUUGAGAAAUAUUUUAGUGAAAUAUCCUUUAAUAAAAAAUGUUAAACAUUGUAUUUAGUAAAUUAGGGUUACUAAUACCACUCUUGAAGUGGUGUGCAAUGAGAUAAACCAUGAUGAAAUACAGCAGGUACAAACGCUAAAAGCGAUAAAAGUAUUUCUACGAUUAUACAUUUGCGGGGGCGGGCUUAAACCUCAACCUUUGGAUCUCGGCACUUUGUAUUGCAUCUGCUCCUCUGUGUUCCAGGACAAGCCACAGGUGGCAAUUCAGUACCUGAAACGAGCCCUGCAGGUGGAUUUCACGUUCCUCCCUGCCCUGUCCCAAGCAUCCCUGGUGUACCACCAACUGGGGCUUCGGGAGGCUGAGCUGGAGGUCCUGGUGCUGCUGUAUCAGGUGUGUCUAAGGUUUUCCUAUCCCUGCCUGAUGAUGCCAAGGGGGUGCAUUGACGCUGCAGCUGCUCUGCCUGAGAAGAACUGGCUGCGCUUCUGGCUUGGUCCCCUCCCUACUUGACAGCUGAGGGAGCCAACUGGCCAGGAGGUGGCUAUAGAUACCUGCCUGCCCUUGGUCCAGGCAGACCAGCCAUUUUCCUUGGACUCCCUCCCUUCCUUCCUUCCUUCCUUCCUUCCUUCCUUCCUUCCUUCCUUCCUUCCUUCCUUCUCAAGGUCCAAUAUCCCCUCAUGAAGAAGGGCAGGAGGAGUUAGCCAAUGCAGAUCUCUCCUUGGAUGCACUAUUCCACUCUGUCUGAUGCCCAACAGCGUUGAAUCACCCAGGGGCGGAGGAAGGGGGAGCGGUGGGGGUGCUUCGCCCCGGGUGUCAUCACUGAAGGGGGUGACAUUCGGCACACCGCCUGCCUGUGACUCCCAAGCCUACCCCGAGCCAUCGUGCAAAGGGGCGGAGCUGCGCCGCCUUGCCAGCGGCCUUCCCCCUUCGUUUUGACAGCUCAGGGGAGGCUUGGGAGUCGUGGGCGGCGUUGCACUGUUGCCCCCCACUCCCAGGCUCCCCCCCCCCAGGAAGCAGGUCGUCAUGGGCGGCUCGCUCCACCCCCCAUGGGUGUCUUGCCCCGAGAUGCUCACCGCGAUGCCCCUCUGGGACGCUUGGCCCAUCCCCAUGGCCCUGCCCCCGGGUGCACAGCAUGUGUGCCGCUCCAGGUGCUGGAGCAGCUAGCUCUGCCUCUGACGUCACCAAUGUUCCCGUUUCCUCCGCUCUCCCUGCCUCAGGCUCUGGAUGGUCCUGCACAGGUAACGGCAGAGCUUGCCAGUCCAUGUUUCCUCAUCCAAAUGGAGCUGCUCACCUGCGCAUCACAACUGAGCAGCUUCUUUGUCAAGAACUGUCCGUCAGAUGUGAAAUAUUUGCUGGCACAAAGGAACCUCCAGGCAGGGAGGUGAGUGCCCCCCCCUCCUGUUACAUAAGUCUCCCUGGUUGCUCACUUGAGGUGGGGAGGGAAUUGGUGGCUUCAGUUUUCUCUAGGGAGAACUUUCCUUAGGCAUCUCAAAUUACUAACAGGAGACUCCUGCUGGAAGGAAGUUGCUCAUCAGCUCAUGAGCUCUCUUUGAAUGAGGGCAGGGAGCUGUCUUUAGGAGGCCCAUGGGAUGUCCUUGUAGGUCCUUGCAGCUCCUGUUGUUUAUUUUCAUUUAUUUAUCAGAUUCCUUAUCCACCAUUAGGGCCCAGGGAAGGUUACAACCAUACAGUAUUCAAUUAUAAAAACAGAUGAAACAAUCACAAUGAUAAAAACAAGUAAAACCAUUCCAGAGCAGUAUAAAUACAGCAAAAAAACAGCAACCCCAAAGAAAAAGAAAAACACCUUAACUGCCAGAUGCCAAGCUAAAGAGGGGGAGAGGGUAUUUCAGAUAUUGGGGGGGGCUAUGUCAUUUAAGGCUUUAAAUACUAAUAUGAGCACCCUGGAUUAGGCGUAGAAGCAAACUGUUUUCUUUUCUCCUGCAGGGUGAGUGAGGCAGUGGAGCACUACCUGGACCUCUUGGCUCUGUUCCAGGAAGGGCCUCUUCACCAGGUUGGCACCUUGCAGCUAUUUAAUCUUCAUGCCAUCUGCUGGUUUUUGUUUGAAGGAAUGUGCAAGCCUCCCACUCUCAACAAUAGCAGAGAAUGGGCUAACAAUAAAUCAAAUAACAAAUGUUGCAAGUAGCAUGGAAGUCCACUUAAACAGCUCCAUAAAGAAGCACGAUAAAUGCAAUCAUCCCCCGAAUUCUGGCAUAAAUGUGUGGGGUUUAUGCAGCUACCAGUUUAAAUAGUUCUCCAACUGGAGCUUGACAGACUGUUUUACAUUUGCUUUUUGAAUUGUGCUUCCUAAUCUGCAAGGGCUUGGUAAUGCUCCUUGCUCUUCCAAUGUGUUGCAUGUGUGCAGUCGUCGAGAGGAAGAUUUCAGUUGCUGGGGCAGAGGGUGGGGGUGAGGGUAUUCCGCCUUCUGAAGGUCAGCAGCAGCAUCUUGAACAGUCUCUCGAAGAUAACAGGAAGCCAGUGCCAGAGGCAUCCCAGGGAGAUGAGUGCAGUGUUUUGCAGUCUUCAAGGGCACACGGAGGUCAUGGUGGCCAUUCAGCCUUGAAGCCUUCUCCUUGUGUGCAAAUGACUUUGAAGACUUAAUCUUGUGUCCUUUCACAGUAACCCUCUGGGUAUGUCAGUGCUGACUUGCCCAAAUACACCCAGUGACCCCAGCAUCUUUCUGGGGCAGCCAUAGCCAAGGAGGACCCUGUUCAGCAAUGAUAAAGAAGUGAGGGAUUCCCCCCCCCCAGUCUUUCUCAUGUAUCAGUUGCUGUCCUGGCUUCCAUGUUGGCUUCAGCAGCCGAUGGUGGCCUGAGACAUUUGCACCCAAGCCUGCCCAAUUUCUUUAGCACUCUUGGCUUCAAGCAUUGUUUCCUCUAGUGCCUGUGCUGUGUUCCUUGUUGUGGACCCAGCACCUACUGAUCCUUGGGUGGGGCCCUCCUCCUCUGCAGGUGUCUCUGUGUGGUGAGCUGGCCUUGCCCAGGAUCCCCGAGGUCUUCUUAGAGGCCGCCUCUGCCCUGGAAGAGCUCGCCAGGCAUCGAGAUGCCAUUGCAGUGUGCGAAGAGGUGGCAACCCGGAUGAAUGGACUGAUCCCCGAGAGGCUGCCAAUUGAGCUGGACUUGUGGGCUGCAGAGGACCUCCCGGGGCCUGCUGGGUCCUCACUGACAAAUUCUGCUGGCAACCUCAUGAAGCGGAAGCGGGAGAGCCUGCUCUGUGUCCUUUGGCGAGCAGCUGCCUAUUUGAUCCAGGGCUUGGCAUGGGCUGGGCUAGAAGAAGCCAAGGAAGCCAUAAGCCACUUGAGCAGGUAAUCGGGCUCCUGAUUUGUGAUCCAGGGAAGAUGGUUCUGAGUGCCUCAUCCUGUCCGUCCCUUUAUUGGAUGCUAGGAGAGCAUUCUCUUGCAGCCAUUCGAAGGGAACUGGCCUUGUGAGACAGGAUGGCGUAUUAGAUGCAGCCCUCAUCCUGUUGUCCAGGUACUUGCCCUGGAUAUUCAUGGAUGUGUCCCAUUAAGGAAGGCUGUGUAUACCUUGGUACUUAAAACAUCCGUGUUCUGCCCCAGAACCCCUGAUCUCGCAGCUCAAAGGAACAACUGCACGCCUCCUUGUUUGGUUCUGCUUGCCAUGGAGUCUGCUAAGGAGCUGCAGAGAGUGUUGAAAAUCCUGCCUCCACCCCUGAGCUUCUCUUUGCAGCCUUGAAAUGAGAAGCUGGCCCCAGGGUCCGGUUUCUAUGCUUGUGUGGUCUGGUUGCAUGCAGGCCGAAACCCGCCAGCAUGCCCAUAAGUGCUUGUUCCCCGUUCUGUCAGGAAAACUGAGUAGAUACCUGAAUAGCCCCUCAAAUUCUCUUGACUCUGGCUUUCAUCUGAGAACCCUAAGAUGAUUGUGCUUUGCUCCUUCCCCAACAGGUGUCUUAAUGAUCUUCUGAGAGUCCAUUUUGUGACCACAGGUAUGGAUCGGGAUGCUUACCGCCAGUUUCUGUCUGCCUUCCUCUUGGCUGGAGGGAUUUCUGGAGCUGGGGAAAGCCCUUUUGUAGGGCUAGAGCUAACCUACUGCUGCCCAAGGUGGGAAUGGUUUAGGAGAGUCCUCACCUCUCGUUUAAUCAUGCCAUGAGUCCAGACUGGUCCUUUUGUGACAUCACAAGUUGAAGUCCAGCCACUUGGCCCGAGAGGUUUCUGCUUCCAUUUUCUUUCUCUUGACCCCCCACCCCCCACUGCAUGUGGGAGCAAGAGUAGACUCUGCAGAAAGGGCAGCGGGCAGGGAGAGAACAGGGCCAAAGAAUUGGCUUUGUUUCUGUUGACCUCUCUGGCUCAUGGCUGGGAGAGCAAAACCCAAGGGCAACAGUCUUCUUUCUCUAUCAGGCAGCAAUAGCAGCACUGGAAAGGAGGCAGAGCAGAUGGGGCUGUCGGAAGCAAAGGUGCUUCCCCAAAUCAGGCAGCUGGCCCUGACUGGACGAGGGAUCCAAUUCCUGCAUCUGGGGCGGAAUAAAGAAGCUUUGGCAGAUUUCCAGCACAGCUUGCUUGUCUGUCCAGGUACCUACAGCCAGGAAUCCUUUACCUAUGGGAGGGGCCUGGCCUCCAGUCAGUCCAGUGGUUAAAGGAGUGGGUGGGGAGGAUCGAGUAAUUUUCAUAGCAUGCAAAAUAAAUUAUGCAGAGUAAGUAUUUAGAUGUAUGCUUAGGUAACUUCUGUAAAGUAGGAGACAGAAUUUGGAGCUCUUUGGGGCAGACUAAAUGCAGGCCCUUUUUGCCCCUGGUGGAGGGGAGGGCGUGGAGCAAGGUGGUGGGCGACAAGGGUCCACUCAGCAAGAUCCAGUUUGGGGAGGGCAAGGGCAUGUUGGGAUUUCUCCUGGGGUUCCCAGCAGCCCUGAGGCCAGUUCUGGUCAUGCCGCUUCCUUUGUGCUUUACAGACAGGCCCUCUGCUAACUUGUACCUUGCGCACACCCUCUGGAAGCUGGACCGAAGGCAGGAGGCAGCCGCCCACUGGCAGAAGCCCCAUGUGAACGCUGCAGGCUUGGAGGAAGAGGCGGAAAGGUGUGUGCAUGCUGCUGAAUCCUGUCCCUGCCCCCUGAACAGAAGAUGAGGAAGCGCAGUAUUGGACGUGGGAGGAGGCCAUCCAAGUUCCCACUCUGCUGCUGCGACUUUCCACCCAUACAUACACCUGACCAAUGAUGCUCAGGCUGCAGGGAGGGCCUUGGUCUCUUGGCUGCUUGCAACACUUUGGGCGUCUCUUCCCUUUUGCCCUCGCCACUGGUCACCAUAGACCAUGCUCUCCUCCUACCCUCGGUCAUCGUAACCUGCCCAUCUCUGCUUUAGCAGCCACUGACACCGAUUUCUCCCCUCCCUCCUUAUGUUUCAGAUCCUUCCCGAUAUACUUGCGGCCAUGCAUGAGGCAGACGAAGUUUCCUCACACAGAAUCCCUCGCCAAGAAUGUGGGAAGCUUCCUUGCGGGGAGCAGCCAGGGACCCUAGAGGAGCUGCUGCUGCUGCUGCUGCUCCUGCCUCUCCUCUCCUCUGCCCUUGCCAGGCCCUUCUUCCAGACAGCUUCCUCAGCGGAUUUUCCAGGGCUCCGCUUUGCCUUUGGGAAGGGGAAUGUUUCAGUUGCAGUCACCAAAGACAAGUGAUGACAGUGACCCUCGUCCUAGUGGAAAGGAUGUGGGGUUUUUGCAGAAGCUCCACAUGUCUUUGCUCCUGUAUGAUUCAGUUAUUUUUGAGAUUAUGUCCUUAGUGGAAGGAGGAAGCAAGCAAAGAGGGGUGACUCUGGUCCAGGUAUUUGUAAAACGAAGCCCCACAGUAUUGUGAAAAUCUUCAGGUGCUCUUUGCUGCAAAUUUGGGAGGAAGGGGUGGGGAGGGGGCGCUUUCUUAACUGGCAACAAAACAAUCCAUUCCUGAGGUAGACGCAAACCUAGCUCUGUCCUCUUGCUGCCUCUUCCUUUGUGCUUAUCCUUUAUGCCCAGGGCUCCAUCAGUCAUGUUGCUUGGCAUUUACGAGAGAGAAUUGCAAACAUAGCACCAUGUGGUAACAGCACACAGAUGGGUUUGUGGUGUCUCCAUUUUGGUCUGUGGGCACAAUUGUCGGCUUUCCUGUUCAUCUGAUUCUGGGUAGCUUCUCUUUCCAAGCUGUACUGGGGCGGCCCAAAAGAUGUUGGGUGACACAGAGGUUUGCUCCCCCCCCCCAGCUCCCCUUUUGAAAGAUGUGUUGUAUAAGCUAUUUUCUUCCAUUUGCCUGAUCAUCAUACAGGGUACUUAAGAAUUUAUAAAGCCUGUAUUUCUUUUUAAUGACUCAUCUCUUUAUUAUCAAAAUGUCUCUUGUGAAAUCUUUAGUUCUAAAUUAUUUGAAGAGAGCCGUGGAGGGGAUGAAGUCUGAAGCAAUGCCUGCUGUGAGUGGUAUUCAGCAAAGUAGUACUCUGAGUAAAUGGACCCAAUUUAAGUCUUUUUCGUUAAUCUCAAUGAGUCUAUUUUUGAGUAAAAUUUAGUUGAAUACU